GUACGAUUCACACAGGAAGAGCAGAGGGUAAAGAACAGCUUUGAUGGCUUCCAACGCUGCCGUGCCGUUUUGGAGAUCUGCUGGGAUGACCUACAUAACUUACUCCAACAUUUGUGCUAACCUAGUCCGGAACUGUCUCAAAGAGCCCCACAAGUCCGAAGCUAUCAGUCGGGAGAAGGUUCAUUUCUCCGUCUCCAAGUGGGUUGACGGAAAACCUCAGAAGCCUACCAUCCGCUCGGAUUCUCUUGAGGAAUGAUGCUGGAUGCUGUCUACAUGUUUUAUUUUUCAUCUUUACUAAGCUGAGUAUGAAUUUGAUCUCUGAUUGGUUUUAAAGCACUGGACCUUGGAACUAUGCGAUUCACAUAAAGUUGUUGCCUACAAUAAAAUACGUACUGUUUUGUUGGAUGUGGAAGUUGGACCCUUGUUCUGGUGAUCA